UGGAGGUAGCCAAGGAGCAGACGUGAAAGAAGGGGAUAGACGGAGUUUGUUUUGGAUGGGGCGACAAGCAGGGGAAGAGCGGCGGAGUUCGUGACUGAGGGACCAGUAGCGCUCUGCAGCUGGACGGAACCGCCACGAUGGACCUUCCCGUUACCUUUUGGAUUCUGCUGAUCAACCUGCUGGUCUUCUGGGUCUCUGCAGUCCAAGCAGCAAAAUGCCCACAGGAGUGUUUCUGCGACCAAAUCCAACUCAAUGUGACCUGUGCCAACAAGAACCUGACCCAGGUUCCUCCUAAUGUUGAUGAGAGAACAGUCAAACUGGACCUUCAAGGUAAUGACAUACAGGAACUCCCCACUGGGGCUUUCAUGCACACCCCCUACCUGACUCACCUGUCGCUGCAGCGCUGUAACAUCCACAAGGUGAAGGAGGCGGCGUUCCGUGGCCUCGGUCGCCUGGUCUUCCUCAACCUUUCCAACAACAACAUUGACAUCCUCUACCAGGAGGCAUUUGACGGUCUGUCCUCACUAAAGCAGCUUAUUAUUGACCGUAAUCGUGUGAAAGAGAUCCAGCCUGGAGCGUUCUCUCAGCUGGGCUCCCUCAACCUGCUCUCCCUCUCACACAAUCAGCUGGUUUACAUCCCUAAUAUGGCAUUCCAGGGCCUGCAGAAUAUCAAGAAGCUUCGUCUUAGUAACAACUGUCUAAUCUACCUGGACACUGAAGCCUUUGCCGGACUGUUCACACUAACUCGUCUCAGCCUGGAUCACAACGAGUUACAGUUUUUCCCCACUGAGACCAUGACCAGGCUGCCUGAGGUGACUCGUCUCGAUCUCAGCUACAACCCCAUGACGUACCUGGGGGAGGAGGCUGUGUCCAUGCCCAAGCUGACCCACCUCUUCCUGGACCACAUGUCCCUGCAGGACCUGGUGAACACAGCUGUUUCAAAAUCCCCCAACCUCAUCCACCUGGACAUCAGCAAUAACCAGCUGCGUGUCAUCCAGCCCUUCGCCGAAGGCUCGCCAAAGCUGUCCCGUCUAAACCUGGCCGGAAAUCCAAUCCUCUGCAACCGUUGCCUGUGUCCACUAAGAGAGUGGGCUUUCUAUAACAAAGUGAAGCUGGUGGGGACUUGUGGAGGGCCAUCCCAUCUUUCAGGUGAGAGACUGAACGCUGUCCACCCUCCUAAGCUGAGAUGCCAGAGUGAGGAAGAGGAAGCAGCAGGGAUCAUACCACGACCCACUGAAGAACUGAACAAGGUCAAGUGUCCUGCACACUGUGUCUGUGAGGCAGAGACACACCACUCUUCAUGUGAGAACCGUGGUCACACUAAAGUGCCUCGCGGUUUCUCUGCCAGCACACGUCUCCUGGACCUGCGUGGCAACAACUUCCACUACAUUCCCAGCAACAGCUUCCCCGGUGUCACCCAGGUUGUGUCCUUGCACCUGCAGCGCUGCAAAAUUGUGGAUGUAGAGGGAGGGGCUUUCAAUGGGAUGAAGGGACUGAUAUACCUGUACCUGUCUGAGAAUGAGCUUACCUCCCUGAGCCCAGAUGCCUUCAAAGGUCUCCCUAAGCUGACUUACCUCCAUUUGGAAAAGAACCGCUUUACCAGUUUCCCCAAAGGUGUCUUCAAACUGGUGCCCAGUCUGCUUGCACUUCAUCUGGAGAACAACUCCAUCACUAAGCUGGAGCCAGGUAUCAUGACGGGGGCUGAGGGUUUGAGAGCUCUCUAUCUCACUGGGAAUGCCAUUGUGCAUGUGUCGCCCAGGGCUCUUUACCAGGCAAAUGACUUGGACAUGCUUCACCUGGGAGGGAAUAAGCUCAAGGAGGUGCCCACUGAGGCACUGAGCAAGGCUGGGAAUCUCCGAGACCUCAGGCUGUCCAGAAAUUCAAUUCGUUGGAUCGGAUCGAAUGCUUUCAAACCUCUGGGGAGGUCACUUAAAGAGCUGUACCUCAAUAACAUGGGACUGGAGAAGAUGUCGCAGAGCGCCCUGGCAGGACUGGGUCCUGGGUUGAGGAGUCUUUUCUUGGAGGGCAACCAGCUGGAGGAGGUCCCUGACUUCCACCCACUCACCGCUUUGGAGGUCAUCAAUCUCGCUGACAAUCCUCUAAUGUGUGACUGCCCCCUACUGCCACUAUGCAUAUGGAUGGAGAAAGUUAAUCUGAAGGUGCGAGCCACCUGUGCCAAUCCACCUGAAUUGCGGGGUCGGAGGGUCAAGGAUGUCCACGGGUUCAAAGCCUGUCCUGGUGGAGAGAGUCUUCCCUCUGCCCCUGCUGUCACCUCACAGCCAGCAAAGGCCCCCAAAGCAACCAAACCCAAACCGAUUGACCUCAACGGUCAUCAGCAGGUCAAGAUGCUCAAGGCCAAAUCCAAAAUUUGUGGGAGUCCAAACACAAAGCAGGGUGCAGCAAAGAAAGCUGCUGAAAGCACAAAGAGACGCAGCAUGCCCUGAAACUCCCGCCUUUCGGCGUUGCAUCCAUUCUGGCGUUCUGUGCUGAUGUUUUAAAGUCAGGGCUUCAAUGCAAACAUCAGCACAGCGCAGAACCAAAGUUUUGAGGUUAAACACUGAACUGAACGGUCCCAGCUGCACUAAUCAUUCUUGCUGUCUUAGCACAAUGUUGAACAACAGUAUAAAUUCUUUGUACGGUUGGAUUAGUAAGCUAUAUCAUGUUGGGCUUUAACUUUUAUCACCUUAAAAGUGCUACAGUCAGGUAUUUGCACAGUACUAGUAGUUUUGCCACAGUACAUUUUCAAUCAAGCAAUUAAGAUUUAAACUUUGAUUUAAGGAGUUUAUGUUAAAAUUGUAAAAAUUAACUGGACAAACUAACAUCAUUUUUAAUAUAAGGAUUGUUUUUAGUACUUGGAUGAAUAUAUGUAGCAUUUGGCUGAUUCUGAACAGAGUAUGGGCCUGUAUACUCCACAUAUCAUUCUCCUACUUCUGUCAGUGGUCACGUCAUCAAUAAACACAAGCGACCGCUGCCUGGUUUCCACUGGCAGCCACGUUCAUGCCCAUACCAUCACACUGCCUCCACCAUGUUUGACACAGGAUGUAUUCUUCAGAUCAUGAGCUAUUUCUCUAAUUCUCCAUACUCUUCCCUUCCUAUCAUUCUGGUACAAGUUAAUCUGUCAUAUUAUGCAUAUGCACUCUUCUCCAGCAGUCUAAUCCAGGGGUGUCAAACUCCAGGCCUUGAAAGCCGGUGUCCUGCAGGUUUUAGAUGUAUCCUUGAUCCAAGACAGCU